AUGAGGGAUGUGUCUUCAAUCCACUCACUAGUGGCCAACAUCGGUCCCUUCAACGAAUACCUGGACAUCUAUUCUGCUCAAGACUCAUUCGACGCCCUUCAAUCAAGCAAAGUUUUAAUCAUUGGCGCUGGUGGACUUGGUUGUGAAAUUCUCAAAAACUUAUCCAUGACUGGGUUCAAAGACAUACACAUUAUCGAUAUGGAUACUAUUGAUUUAAGUAAUUUGAAUCGUCAAUUUUUAUUUCGUCAUGAUGAUAUCGGCAAGAGUAAAGCUGAAUGUGCAACACGUUUUAUUCUUGAACGAAUUGGUAAUUCCGAUUUGAAAAUAACGCCCCAUUUCACCAAGAUUCAAGCCAUGGGUCUUGAUUUCUAUCGAAGUUUCCAAGUUAUUGUUAGCGGAUUAGAUUCGGUGGAGGCAAGACGAUGGAUCAACUCUACGCUAUAUCGAUUGGCCCAAGAUGAAAAUAUCAUCAUCCCCUUGGUGGAUGGGGGCACCGAAGGGUUUCGUGGACAAAGCAGGGUGAUUAUACCGACAUUGACAUCAUGUUUUGAAUGCUCAUUGGACUUGCUUAGUGCACAAACAACUUAUCCGGUUUGUACAAUAGCCAAUACGCCUCGACUACCGGAACAUUGUAUCGAAUGGGCUAGUCAACUUGAAUGGAGUAGACAGUUCCCUGGCAAGAAAUUUGAUGCUGAUGAUCCUGAUCAAGUUGAAUGGAUGUAUCAGACUGCUAGCACACGAGCUGGUGAGUUUGGUAUUGAUGGAGUGACAAGAAGUUUGACCUUGGGGGUGGUUAAAAAUAUCAUACCGGCAAUUGCUUCAACCAAUGCUAUAAUUGCUGCUAGUUGCUGUAACGAAGUGUUUAAAAUCGUCACCAAUGUAAAUCCUAUUUUGGAUAAUUAUAUGAUGUAUUCGGGAGAUGAUUCGAUAUUCACAUACACGUAUUCAUAUGCUAGGAAGCAAAAUUGUGCCGUUUGUGGAUCCACUGCGAAAACAGUUGCGGUGCAAAGAUGGUGGACAUUGCAGCAAUUUAUACAUGAGAUAAAGUCGAAGCAAGAAAUUCAAAUGACAAACCCCAGUUUGACUAGUGGCGACAAGUUACUAUAUAUAUCUAGUCCUCCAGAGUUGGAAGAAGCAACCAGGGGGAACUUGAGUAAGAAAAUGAAGGAUUUGAUCCAUCGUGGGGAAGAGAUUGUCAUUACUGAUCCAAACUUGCCAAUAUCACUUCGAAUAAUUGCUCAUUUGGAAGGAGAUGACAAGGAUCCCGAAUUUAGUCUACAGUCAUAG